CUUUUACUUUUAUAUAAUGUACGUUUGCUGUUCCGCCAGAUUACCAGAAGAUUUAAAGCCCUCCUCGCCAUUUCUCCACUUUGUCUAAAGCAAUAUUCUUCUUUGUCCACCGUAUCUCUUGUUCAGCUUUUAAUCAGCUGCUCAUUAUUUCAGCAUAAUGGGGCGUUUAAGUCGAACUAUCUACGUGGGAAAUCUUCCCGGGGAUAUUCGAGAGAGUGAAGUAGAAGAUUUGUUUUACAAGUAUGGACCUAUUGUGGAAAUUGAUCUGAAAAUUCCGCCAAGACCACCAGGUUAUGCAUUUGUGGAGUUUGAAGAUCCUCGUGAUGCUGAUGAUGCCAUUCGUGGACGUGAUGGCUACAAAUUUGAUGGACAUAGAUUACGAGUUGUGUUGAAUUAUAUGUCAAAUUUCCAUCCCACAUCGGUGGGUUAAGGAGUUGGUGGGAA